AUGCGCAGAUUUCGACCGUUCAGUGGUGGUGCCUUCUUUCCGUCGCAGUACGCGGACCCAAGCAGUGAGCGUUGGAAUCCCGGUCGCCGCCCCCAUCUUCUUGUUGCCGUGCAAAAUCCUGGCCAUAUGUGGACUGUGACCAGCUGGUGUAUGCUGGGCUGUAGUGGCACGCGGGCCUAUGCCGUGGAAACUGCGACGCGUGUCGCUACCCCCCUUCAUUUUGUUGUAGUGCUAAAUUCCUGCCUAGGUAUUUGCCCACGCGAUCGCCUUAUGAACAAAACGUCUGGAUGCGGCUCUCUAGGCUGGGCUGUCUCUUGGCUUGGGGCCUAUUUCACGUCCCGCAUUGUAAUUCGUUCAACGCAGCAAGCAGAAAUCCAUGGUCUUUCCAAACAACUGUAG